AAAGUCAAGUUUAAUGUCAUUAGUUCAUCGUUGAAUCAACGGUCUUGAAGAAUGGGUGAAGAAAAUCGUUGUCAAAAGUCAAAGUCAAAAUCAAGAUCAAGAUCUGUUCAUAAGAAUUUCAAUAUUACAACAGGAAUAACAUUCCUGGAAUAUAUCAUUUUAUGUUUUUACUUGAAUCCAUAGAUUUCAAAUUGCUUUCUUCCAGACUUUCAACAAAAUAUUUCGUUAUGGAAUGUUUACUUCUAAUUUUUCUAUUGUUUGGGCCAAUCGUUUCCAAGAACAUCGAAGAGAUUAACGUCACUUCUAGAGAUGAAUUCGGGAACACACCUCUUCAUGAUACGGCCCGUUAUGGCUAUUUCUUGUACAAAGCUAGGCUUCUAAUUCAGAGAGGUGCUGAUGUAAAUUCAAAAAACUUAAAUGGAGAAACUCCGUUAAUUUUGGCUGCUAAACAUGGCAAAACGGAUAUCGCUGAAGUUCUGGUUAAAAGUGGAGCUAAUGUAAAUGCUAGAAGAUUUAAUAGGGAAACCGCUCUUCAUAUUGCAACGAAACAAAAUAAAGUGGACAUCGUGAGAAUCCUAGUUGAAAACGGCGCUGAUAUCAACGCCAGAGAUGACGAAGAGAAAUCUCCACUUUUUUGGGCGUCGGAAUACCGGAACGAGAACAUUGCCAGAAUCAUAAUUGAAAACAGAGUCAACGACGAACAGGCUGCAGCACUAAUGGUGGCAAUUACUUUAGGCAAUGAAGACUUGGUCAAGUACAUGGUUGAAAACGGUGUCAAUGUUGAUGUUCAACUACAGGAUGGAAGAACUGCUUUGCAUUUAUCAGCAAUCAGUGGAAAACCCAAAAUCGUUAAAGCGCUUCUUUUGAACGGUGCUAAUAUAAAUGCCAGGGAUAAAACUAAAGAAACUCCACUUCAUGCGGUUGUUCGACUUGCAAGUACGAACGUUGUUCGCAUUUUCACUGAAAACUGGGCUGAUUUGGGUAUCACAAACGAUAGAGGGCUGACACCACGUGAACUUGCUCUCUGGAUGAGCGAACUACCGAGCGAAAAAUAUCACGAGUAUUUGUGGAUGGCCUCAAUUUUGCAAAACGCAGAGGAAAAGCAGAGAGAAAGAGCGAAAGAAAAACGAAACGCAAACGAGCACCAGAAAUGUCUAGCCGAUGUGAUUGAUUAAAGUGUUUGCUAACGGUCGAAAAAUGACAUAGUUCCAAACCAACCAACAAUUUUAUGUUUAAUAUUUCACUUUUAAAUCAAAGCAAUUUUUUCAAAAAAUGAUCAUGAAUUUUCAAUUUUUUCUUUAGAUAUCAUCUUCCGUUGCACCUGAGUAAAUUUAAAAUCGAUAUUAGUCAGAAAAUAAAAAUUAGAUCUUUUUUCAAUGCUUUUAUCAUCCGAAAUAAUUAGUUUGAAAUAGUUGCUAUUAAAUUUUUACAAAUGCAGUUUAUUAAUUGUAAAUAAAUAAAAUGAGAAAAUAAACGCUAAUCAAAUGAAA